AUGAAGCUCUUCGCCCUUCUUCCAUUGGCCUUCAGCCUCGCUGCGCAGGCCAUCCCCGUCACUCAACCCGCGCCCAACACUGGUUUGGAGAAGCGCGCCUCGAUCAUCAAGAGCAUCGAGAAGGAGCUCAAGUCGCUCGAUCUCGAACUCGACUCGACCGUCGACGAGCUGGUGAGCGCCCUCGGGCUCAGCGCCGAGGUCGACGACGUCGAUGAUCUUCUCAAGGGGCUGGUUGGCGAUGUUCAAAGUGUCGUCAAUGAGGUGGACAGUGUAGUCGAUGGGUUGCUGGAUGAUCUUGGAUUGUCAAGCCUUGUCUCCACCAUCGAUGACCUCGAGAAGGCUUUGGGCAUCAAUCCCAACAGCCCCAUCACUUCCUUGUUGAACGGACUUGGAAUCCCGUAUUAA